AUGCCAUCUGCUUCUACUUUUGUUGCAUCCUCAUCUGGAACCAAACUCUUGCCCUAUGAUAUAUUCAUAAAUCAUUGUGGACAAGAUGUCAAACACACUCUCGCCAGCAAGAUCUACGAUUCCUUAGAUGCCACGGGAUUGAAAGUGUUUCUGGAUAAAGAUGAGUUGGAUCUUGCGGAUUACUUUCCCAAAGCCAUAGAAGAAGCAAUCAAAAGUUCUUCUCUUCAUAUCGCCAUAUUUUCUGAACAUUAUGCACAAUCCCCCUGGUGUUUGGCCCAAUUGUUUUGUAUGCUACAAACCCCCAGCAAAUUUAUGCCCAUUUUCUAUCAUGUUGAUCCUUCUGAUUUAAGAUGGGCGAUUGAAGGAAAAGGAAUUUAUAAAGGUGCCUUUUCUGAUUAUGUAGAGAGGAAAAGAUACCCUUCAGAACUGCAACGUUGCAAACAGGCACUCCAACAAGCUUCCCUUUUUACUGGCGACAUAAUUAAGAAAGAGAAUCUGGGCAUUAAGUUUGCAAUUUGA